AUGACAACAGCCCUGCCUCCACUGAGCCCUCAUCCCAUCCCCUGCAGUGGAACGAGUUGUGGAAAGGGAUACGUAUGCAGCAUUACGCACAAUCAGCCACAAUGCAUCCCAGAACCUCAGACCUGCAAUACCAUCCAAUGCCAAGAGGGGACAGUGUGCAAGAUAGUAGAGGGGCAUGCCAGGUGUGUCCCUCACCCACCAUCUUGUCAUCACGUCCAGUGCCAAGAAGGGUCAAUAUGUGACCUAGCUGGUGGCUUCCCUAAAUGUAUCCCAGCACCUGCAUCCUGUGAGAAUACUCAGUGCAAGCCGGGAACAGUGUGCAGCCUCAUCGAUGGCUGGCCCCAGUGUGUGCCCCACCAGCCUUCCUGCCACAAAGUCCAAUGUGAAGUUGGGACUGAGUGUGAGAUUGUCCAUGGUCAGCCUAAAUGUGUCCCGGUAACAGCAACAUGCGGUGUCCUUCUUUGUGACAAAGGGACCAUGUGUGAGGUGAUCGAUGGCCACCCAACGUGUGUCCGAUUGCCACCAUCCUGCCUGCAUACUGUCUGCGAGCAAGGGACUGUGUGUAAUGUUGUGGAUGGUUGGCCUAAGUGUGUCCCAGGGCCAUCCUGUGCCAAUUUAAAUUGUGUGGCUGGCACUGAAUGCAAGACUGUGAACAACUCACCCAGGUGUGUACCUGUCCUACUGUCCUGUGACAAAGUUCACUGUAAGCAGGGGACAGUAUGUAAGAUAGUUAAUGAGAUUCCUGUCUGCGCUCCCAUUGCACCUUCCUGUGGCACGAUUCACUGCAAAGAAGGGACAAUCUGUGAGAUCACCAAUGGCAUGCCCAAGUGUGUGUCCACCGUAAUAUCCUGUGACAAAAUCCAGUGCACAGUGGGAAAUGUCUGCGAAAUGGUGAAUGGGUGGCCCACCUGUGUGCCCCUGCCACAAUCCUGUGAGAAUACUGAAUGCAAAAUGGGAACAGUGUGUGAUAUUGUCAAUGGCUGGCCGACGUGCAUCCCAGAUAAACCAACAGAGAUCCAACCGUCCUGUGACAAAAUCCAUUGCAGUGGGGGGACAAGUUGUAAAAUGGUUGAUGGUUGGCCUCAGUGUGUGCCUAUCGCACCCACCUGUGACAAACUUGGCUGCAAAGAUGGGACUACUUGUGAAAUUAUAGAUGGUUGGCCGAUGUGUGUUCCAAUCCCAGCCUCUUGUGACAAAAUCCAGUGCAAAGAAGGAACGCUUUGUAAAUUAGUUGAUGACUGGCCCACCUGCAUUCCCAUUACAAACUCUUGUGAAAAAUUCACCUGCAGUACAGGAACUGUGUGUGAGAUAUAUGAAGGGCAUCCAAGAUGUAUUUCCAUCUCGCCUUCCUGUGACAAGUUUCACUGCAAAGAAGGGACAGUUUGUGAAAUCAGUCGUGGUUGGCCCAAAUGUGUUCCCGUCUCGCCUUCCUGUGACAGGUUCCAUUGCAAAGAAGGGACAGUUUGUCAAAUCAGUAGUGGUUGGCCCAAAUGUGUUCCCCGUCCCCCCUUGUCCCCUUGUGAAAAAUUUACCUGCAGUGCAGGGACCAAGUGUGAGAUAUAUGAAGGGCAUCCAAGAUGCAUUUCCAUCUCACCUUCAUGUGACAAGUUCCAUUGCAAAGAAGGGACAGUUUGUGAAAUCAGUAGUGGUUGGCCCAAAUGUGUUCCCCGUUCCAGCUUGUCCUCUUGUGAAAAAAUCAGCUGCAGUGCAGGGACCAAGUGUGAGAUAUACGAAGGGCAUCCAAGAUGCAUUUCCGUCUCGCCUUCCUGUGAUAAGUUCCAAUGCAAAGAAGGGACAGUUUGUGAAAUCAGUAGUGGUUGGCCCAAAUGUGUUCCCCGUUCCAGCUUGUCCUCUUGUGAAAAAAUCAGCUGCAGUGCAGGGACCAAGUGUGAGAUAUAUGAAGGGCAUCCAAGAUGCAUUUCCGUCUCGCCUUCCUGUGACAAGUUCCAUUGCAAAGAAGGGACAGUUUGUCAAAUCAGUAGUGGUUGGCCCAAAUGUGUUCCCCGUUCCAGCUUGUCCUCUUGUGAAAAAAUCAGCUGCAGUGCAGGGACCAAGUGUGAGAUAUAUGAAGGGCAUCCAAGAUGCAUUUCCGUCUCGCCUUCCUGUGACAAGUUCCAUUGCAAAGAAGGGACAGUUUGUCAAAUCAGUAGUGGUUGGCCCAAAUGUGUUCCCCGUCCCCCCUUGUCCCCUUGUGAAAAAUUUACCUGCAGUGCAGGGACCAAGUGUGAGAUAUAUGAAGGGCAUCCAAGAUGCAUUUCCAUCUCACCUUCAUGUGACAACUUCCAAUGUAAAGAAGGGACAGUUUGUGAAAUCAGUAGUGGUUGGCCCAAAUGUGUUCCCCGUUCCAGCUUGUCCUCUUGUGAAAAAAUCAGCUGCAGUGCAGGGACCAAGUGUGAGAUAUACGAAGGGCAUCCAAGAUGCAUUUCCGUCUCGCCUUCCUGUGACAAGUUCCAGUGCAAAGAAGGGACAAUUUGUGAAAUCAGUAGUGGUUGGCCCAAAUGUGUUCCCCAUAUGAGCCCACCUGCCUGUGAAAAAACCAGCUGUCAUGCAGGGACCAAGUGUGAGAUAUAUGAAGGGUAUCCAAGAUGUAUUUCCAUCUCACCUUCAUGUGACAAGUUCCAAUGCAAAGAAGGGACAGUUUGUGAAAUCAGUAGUGGUUGGCCCAAAUGUGUUCCCCGUUCCAGCUUGUCCUCUUGUGAAAAAAUCAGCUGCAGUGCAGGGACCAAGUGUGAGAUAUACGAAGGGCAUCCAAGAUGCAUUUCCGUCUCGCCUUCCUGUGACAAGUUCCAGUGCAAAGAAGGGACAAUUUGUGAAAUCAGUAGUGGUUGGCCCAAAUGUGUUCCCCAUAUGAGCCCACCUGCCUGUGAAAAAACCAGCUGUCAUGCAGGGACCAAGUGUGAGAUAUAUGAAGGGUAUCCAAGAUGUAUUUCCAUCUCACCUUCAUGUGACAAGUUCCAGUGCAAAGAAGGGACAGUUUGUGAAAUCAGUAGUGGUUGGCCCAAAUGUGUUCCCCAUUCCAGCUUGUCCUCUUGUGAAAAAAUCAGCUGCAGUGCAGGGACCAAGUGUGAGAUAUAUGAAGGGCAUCCAAGAUGUAUUUCCAUUUCUCCUUCCUGUGACAAUUUUCAUUGCAAAGAAGGGACAAUUUGUGAAAUCAGUCAUGGUUGGCCCAAAUGUGUUCCCCAUAUGAGCCCAGCUGCCUGUGAAAAAACCAGCUGUCAUGCAGGGACUGUGUGUGAGGUAUAUGAAGGGCAUCCAAGAUGUAUUUCCGUCUCACCUUCCUGUGACAAAUUCCAUUGUAAAGAAGGGACAGUAUGUGAGAUCAGUAGUGGUUGGCCCAAAUGUGUUCCCAUCCCACCCUCCUGUGGAAAUGUCAGCUGCAAUGUUGGAACUGUAUGUCAAAAGGUUUUUGGUGGGCCCCAAUGUGUUCCCAUUUGUAAAAUUGUGGAUUACUGGCCCAGAUGUGUUGCUCUCCCACCAUCCUGCAACAGAGCACAUUGUCAAAGAGGGACUGUUUGUGAGGUCAUCAAUGCCUUGCCAACUUGUGUACCCAUUCUGUCUUCUUGUAACAAAACUGUCUGUGCACAGGGAAUGAUGUGCCAGAUUGCACAUGGCCGGCCAACAUGUGUUCCAGCAGCAGCACCUUCUUGCGCUUCUGUACAUUGUCAAGUAGGGACUGUGUGUCGGCUUGUUAAUGGAAUCCCCCAAUGUGUGCACAACCCACCUUCCUGUGACAAAUUCCGCUGCAGUGUGGGGACUGUCUGUCAGAUUGUGAAUGCUUGGCCCCAGUGCAUUCCUCUGCCGAGCUCCUGUCAAAGUACCCAGUGCCAAAGGGGAACUGUAUGUCAAGUUACAAAUGGACGGCCCAAAUGUAUGCCAGUAGCAGCACAAGCAUGCCGCACAGUUCACUGCAAGAGAGGGACAACCUGUAAAGUUGUGAAUGGUGUACCCAAGUGUGUGUCUGUUUCGCCCGCUCAGUCCAUCUGCUGGGCCUCUGGACAACCCCACUACCACACCUUUGACGGACGCAGCUACGAUUUCCAAGGUACCUGCACUUACACCGUGGUUAAGACCUGCCAACCCACUUCCGUGCUACCUUUCUUCCAUAUCUACACCAAGAGCCAGAAGAACUCCCGGUUCUCUUUCGUCAGCCAGGUCACCAUCUCUGUCUAUGGCUCCAACAUCACCAUGGUCAAGUACGAAUAUGGCCUUGUCAGAGUCAACCAAGUACGCUCCCGCCUGCCCAUAAGCAUGCAUGAUGGGAAGCUUUCCUUAUACCACAGAGGAGGCCAACUGGUUGUUGAAACAUCAUUUGGUCUGAAAGUUUACUAUGACUGGAACUAUUACCUAGUGGUGAAGGUCACGCCAGCCUUUCGGAGCCAUAUCUGCGGCCUCUGUGGCAACUACAAUGGGGACCCCAGUGAUGACUUUAUGACAUCUUUGGGAGGCUUUGCCACCGAUCCUGUGGAGUUUGGCAGGAGCUGGAAGGUGGAAGAUGGUGAUAGUCAAUGCAGUCAUGGCUGCCAUGGCAAAUGCUGGCGCUGUUCUCCGGAGCUGGCGACCAGAUACAGAGCAGAUACUUUUUGCGGCCUGCUUACUAAGCACAGAGGUGGCCUGUUCAGACAUUGCCAUGCCUUGAUUGACCCCAAGCCCUAUUUGAACGACUGUGUGAUUGAUUUGUGUGCCUUUGAGGGCUACAAGCAGAUAUUAUGCCGAGCACUGAAGACUUACGCUGACGCCUGCCAAAGAGAAGGGGCAGUGAUAUCUGCCUGGAGAAAACAUGCCGGCUGCCCCAUGUCUUGCCCUGACUAUAGCCAAUACAUGCCCUGUGGCUCAGCAUGUCCUGCCACCUGCACCAACCCUGAUGCUCCAAAGCAGUGUCACCUGCCCUGUGUAGAGACCUGUCAGUGCAAGGCUGGCUAUGUGCUGGAUAGUGGCAAGUGCAUUCCCAAAAACCGGUGUGGCUGCGCCUACCAUGGUCGGCUCUAUGCACCCAACGAGCAGUUCUGGGGUGACCAGCAGUGCCAUCAGCGUUGCUUGUGCAGAGCUCAAGAUAAAAAAGUAAUCUGCCAGGAGUCCCGUUGCAGGGAGAUGGAAGGGUGCCAUGUGGUCAAUGGCAUGAGAAAGUGCUACCCCACCUUCUAUGGGACCUGCUCUGCUGUGGGACAGUUGCAUUACGUCACCUUUGAUGGGUUGCGUUAUGACUUCUACGGGACCUGUGUUUAUCGCCUGGUUGAAAUCUGCCACAAGAGAGCAAACCUGACCCAGUUUCAAGUCCUGGUUCGGCAUGAAAGGCAGGGAGGCAAGGAUUAUUCUGCCACCAAAGCCAUUGAGAUCAAGGUCUAUGGUUUUACAGUCACAGUCAGCCAUAGUAAAGUCUUGCUGAAUGGAUUGUUGGUCCACCUGCCCUACAACAUUGAAUACAACAAAGUUGCCCUCUACCGCCACGGCUUUGAUAUUGUGAUCACGACUGAUUUUGGUUUAACUGUGGCAUUUGAUGGGACUAACAAUAUCCGUCUUACAGUGCCAGGAGCCUACAGGGGUGACGUGUGUGGCUUGUGUGGCAAUUUCAAUGGGCGGGCAGAUGAUGACAUGACUCUGCAACACAGCCAAGUUCUGACAACUAACCCAGAGGACUUUGGCCGAAGCUGGAAAGUCCGGGACAUCCCAGGGUGCAUUGAGAAGAAGAAGCAGGACUGUGCAGACCUUGUGAACAUUGAACACACACAGAAGACGAGCAAGGAGUGUGGCCUCCUGCUGGACAUGCGCGGCCCUUUCAGGGAGUGCCACAGCAAGGUGCCACCUCAAUCAUAUUUCAAAGACUGUGUCUUUGACUUUUGCUCCAACAAGUCCAAUAAAAAUGCCGUCUGUCACAUCAUCUCCUCCUAUGCCGCAGCUUGCCAAGCAUAUGGCACCAGGGUCUAUGAGUGGAGAUCUGCCAGUUUCUGUACUCCUAAAUGCAUUGCAAACAGCCACUAUAAAGUCUGCACCAGCAAUUGCCCAGUGACAUGUCUCAGCCUCUUUAACCCAGUAGUGUGCACUACUAGGUGCCACGAGGGAUGCGAAUGCAAUGAAGGUUAUGUUCUGAGUGGCGACCAGUGUGUUCCCAUCUCCCAGUGUGGCUGUGUCCACCAGAGCUUCUACUACAAGGCGGGUGACUCUUUCUAUCUCAACGGAUUCUGCAAGGAGCGAUGUGUAUGCCAAGUAGGUGGCAUCAUGGACUGCCACCGUUCCUCCUGCGGUCCUAAUGAGGAGUGUCGUGUGGUGGAAGGUGUCCAGAAGUGCCACUCACUUGCCCCCAAGAGGAGUGGGUCUUGUCAUGUGGCUGGUGACCCACACUAUCUCACCUUUGAUGGCACCAUAUUUGACCUCCAGAGCAACUGCACCUACACCCUGGCUAGGAGCUGCACACACAAGACCUCCCUUCAGCCCUUCUCUGUCAACGUGGAGAAUGAGAGGCGGUCCAGGGGCAAGGUCUCUGUGACAAAGGUCGUGUCAGUCACAGCUUAUCAAAACACCAUCUCCAUCUUGCGGGAAAAGAGAGGCAUUGUCCUGGUCAAUGGCGCGACCACCUACUUACCUUUCCGGUUGGUGAGUGAUGGUAUGUGGGCGUACUACCAUGGUGACAACAUUGUGAUUCGGACAGACUUUGGCUUAUUCGUCUCUUUUGACCAGCUCUACCAUCUUGUUGUCAGAGUACCUGAAUCCUAUCAGGGCCAGACCUGUGGCCUAUGUGGUAAUUAUAAUGGCAGAUCCAAUGAUGACCUCUUCCUGCCCACUGGCCACCCAGCCUCAAGCGUCCAAGUCUUUGCAGCUGCUUGGAGAGUGGACGUCCCCACGGCUGUCUGCGUAGAUGAUUGUGUCGCUCCAGUAUGUGGUGCAUGCAGAGAGAGCCGGAAGGCCAGCUAUGUACACAGCAGUCAAUGUGGCAUACUUCAAGCCCCAUAUGGGCCUUUCAGUGCCUGCUUUUCCACCAUCAACCCUGCGGACUUCUACAACAAUUGUGUGCAUGACCUCUGCAAAGCAAGAGGGAACACUGUUAUCCUCUGCCGGGCUAUCCAUGCCUACGUCACUGCCUGUCAAGCUGCAGGUGUCCAGAUCAAGCCUUGGAGGACAGCAGCAUUCUGCCCUAUGAAGUGCCCAGUCAACAGUCACUACGAUAUCUGUGUCAGAGCUUGCCCCAGAGGUUGCAGAGAAGCAGUCGGCAUCACCAAGUGCUCUAGCAACUGUGCCGAAGGCUGCCAGUGCAAAAAGGGUUACUUUAUGGCUGGGUAUCAUUGUGUGCCUAUUAGUCAAUGCCGGUGCUUUCACCAGGGCACAUGGUUUAAGGUUGGAGUGAAGGUGAUCACAGCCAACUGCAGGGAGCAGUGUAUCUGCCAUCGUCAAGGUCGGGUCGUAUGCACACCGCUACCAUGUGCAGCUGGACAAACCUGUGUCCUGAGUAAUGCCAAGUGGACCUGUGUCCGGCAAGAGGGCCAUUGCACCAUUUCCCAGGGGCACAUCUUCACAACUUACGACGGGGUCUCUGGAAAGGUUCCCCCUGUAGGGUCCUAUGAGAUUUCUGCGCUUAUUAACGCCAAGUCUACAUCUUGGUUCCGGGUGGUGAUUCAGCUGCAGAAGUGUCCCACAUGCCCCACACCCCUUGUGGUCACUGUCACAAUCUAUUUCCACAAACUUAUUGUGUUGGUGAAGCAGGACAGCUCAGUCACGGUUAAUGGGCACCCAGUGCAUCUUCCAGUCCAGCCCUCAAAGGAAGUAUCGAUAAGCCUGGCUCAGGACCUGGUGACAGUGGCACACGGAUCAGGCGUGCGAGUACUCUAUAGCACCAGAGGAGACCUGACAGUGGCCAUCAGUGGUGAACUGGCCAACAAAGUAUUCGGAGCCUGUGGAAACUUCAAUGGGAAUGGUGCAGAUGACUUGCGGUUACCCAACGGUAGAGUAGCACACACCAUUACAGAGGUCAUUAGCCACUGGCGAGUCACAACAGCAAUGCAAAAUGCUCGUUUUAAAAUCCACUCCUACUGAAACCUAGAAUCGAGAUCACUUUUGGAUGCCAACCCCUCUGAGGCAAUAUCUGGACCGGUAUUGUGACAGAAACAGCUUCUCCCUGACUGAAUCCUAGGGAUAGGA